AUGUUCGGAAGCAGCAACACCUAUGACCCCAAAACUGACAUCCCAGAUCUUUCUGGCAAGGUAUACGUUAUCACAGGCGGGAGCGCCGGAAUUGGCUUCGGGAUCUGUGCCCACAUUCUCCAGCACAAGCCCGCUGCGCUAUACCUCCUUGGCAAGAAAGAAGAGCACAUUCAGGAAGCAACCGAAGGUCUCAAGAAGUAUGGCGACGUAUCCAAAGUGCACUCGAUGCAAAUCGAGCUCGAAGAUCUUAAGCAGACCGACGAGGUCGCCAAAAAGCUAGCCUCGACGCUUGACAGGCUCGACGGCCUCAUCUGCAAUGCAGGUCUCGGCGUUGGAGUGUUUAACCUCACCAAGGAUGGCAUCGACAGCCACAUGCAGGUCAACCACAUCUCACAAUUCCAUCUAUCCCGUGUGCUGCUCCCGCUGCUACAGAAGACGCCAAGCUCUCGCCUCGUGCUGCAGUCGUCUGAGCUGCACCGCGCAAUCAGCGACGUCAAGUUCGAGUCUCUCGCCGAGCUUAACACGGACAUUGGGCCGGCGAAGCUAUACAACCGCAGCAAGCUCGCAAUGGUUUUGUAUGCCCGCGCGCUGGCCGAGCGCAAGGAAAAGGCCCAGCUUGGAUUUGACCCUGAUGCCAAGGCUGGGCCUUGGAUAAACGCAACCCAUCCUGGAGCUAUCAGGACUGACCAACAAAAGCAGGCGGAGGAUGCAUACGGUGCAGUUGGAAAGGUUGGCGUGGCGGUCGUCAGGCCGUUUAUGAAGGAUCCAGUCGAUCAGGGCUGCAGGCCUGCACUUUUUGCCGCUACAAGCGAAGACGUUGUCAAGGAUGCCAUCCAAGGGCAAUAUAUUGUGCCCGACCGCAAACCUACCAGUCCGUCUAGCGAAGCGCAGAACCACGAGCUUCAGGAAAAUUUGUGGAAGUUGACUGAGAAAAUUCUGGUAGAUAAAUUGGGGUCGGUGCCUUAUCAGACUCAAUACAUCUAG